CUAGCCUAGUGAGGACCGUCCGUUUCGCCUCUACAGAGGCUGCACCUUGGUGUUCCGUGGAGGGCACUUUUUCCUCAAAGAAUUGGCGAGGCAUUAUCAAAUUCCUGGCGAUAAGGGGACCCCGAUAGAAUGGAUGGCCUCGGUAUCAGGUGGCGCCCCCAAGUGGAGAUCGUUGAUCGACGCCCCUGUACAUGCGGUCCUCAAGAACGAAAUAGACAUCAAAAUUUUUGGCCAUAAUUUUGGCUCUGCCGGCUGCCUCCAGUCAACGAAGCGGACCAAUGUGAUGUUGUCCAGGGCCCGUGUUGCCCAGUACGUUGUGGGUAAUUGGGACUGGGUCGUGGACAGGAGCUUCGCCAAAGUCUCCGGCAAAUUGAACGCCUAUUUUGAUGAGGCAGAUCUUGUCCUGGACAAGCGGACCGAUUAUGCCAUUGCCCCGACGGUAGGGUAGAUGAUGGCUUUCUGUCAUGGGUUCGGUGGGAGGUCAAAUCAAAGGCCACGCACGAAUUACCCAUAGUUAGCCUAAAUGGCGAUGGUGGGGGGUUUAGUUUGCCGCCACCCUGGACAAGGGUUGUCGGGCUGGCAUUGCAGGACUGCUCCAUGAUCUAAG